GCACUCGACAUGGGGGGCGCGGCGCCCGGAAGUCAACGUGUUGCGAAGAUGGACAGUCGUAUCAGCUCCACCUUCACCGUCACCACGCCUCGACCCUCACAGUGCGUAGUGCGUCGAUCAACUACGCGAUGAUAUCCCUACUCUACUCGCUCCUGCUUCUGGCAGUGUCGGGCCCAUUCGCAGCGGCCGCUUCGGACAAACAGCUCAAGCCAUGUACCGUCAUCUCACCCGCGUCCGAGCGCUUCUUCGACCUGAACCCUAUGCGCCGCCUGCCACCAUCAGAGUCAGAUGGCAAGAAAAGUAGCAAGAAGGAGGGCGAAGAAGGCAGCUGGCAUGCCAAGGGCUACGAUUACAAUGCCAACUUCACGAUCAACUUCUGUGGACCUGUAGUGGAGGAGCUGGACAAGGUGCAAGAUCUAGACGAGGGUCUUUGGAAGAAUGUCAGCGCAUUCUACGAGAGAGGAGACAAGCAGUGGGCUAUUGGUCUCGAGAACUCGGAACCCAUCUUCCGCGGUCGCAAGCUCAUUCUAAACUACACCGGAGGUUCGCUCUGCCCAGAUCUGUCCUCGAAAUCCAAGCGCACGCUCGAACCCACCUCUCUUGACACCCGCGAGAUCAUUGACGGCGACGACGAUGACAAGGACGAUGGCGACAAGAAGAAACCCUCGAAAAAGACUGAGCGCCGCAAGACUACCAUCAUUUCGCUGCUUUGCGACUCGGACCCGCUUGCAAAAACCAGUGUGUCCUUCGUCGCGGCGGUAGACGACUGCUCGUACUUCUUCGAAGGCCGCUCACCUUUCGCAUGCGGCGGCGUACACCAGGAUACCCAAGCCCUAGGCCCCGGCGGCGUCUUCGGUGUCAUCGUCAUGAUCGCCGUUGCCGUAUACUUUGCUGGUGGUUGUGUAUACCAACGCACCGUCAUGCACCAGCGCGGAUGGAGACAGCUGCCCAACUACGCCAUGUGGGCAGGCAUCUGGCGCUUCUUCUCUGACAUGUUCAUCAUUCUUACUUCGUCGUGCGCGCGCUUCAUGCCUUCCCGCCGGGGCUACAGUCGCGUCUCGCUCGGCCAGGACAGCGGACGAAGGGGUCGGAGGAAUGAAGAUGAGGAUAGGUUAAUAGACAACCUGGAUGAGGAGUGGGACGAUUAGUUGUGGCAACACAUUGGUAUCGGGCAUGGCAUAACGACGCGGCGUUUACGGGGCUUGGUUAUGGACAAUAGACGCUCAGGAGCGCAUGAACAAGAGACUUGUUGACUCUGAUACAUUACCGAUGAGUUUACUUUCACGGUGCACGUUCA